AACCCUUAACAUCCAACAAUAACAUGAUCUACGGCUCCUCAGUAACAACAACCCUUAACACCCAACAAUAACAUGGCGGUCCAUAAGGUCGUCAAGUGGCCCAAGAUAUUCCUCUUCGGGGACUCUAUUACACAAUUUUGUUUCAGUGGUGAAGGUUGCUGGGGCGCUCUGCUGGCUGAUCAUUUUCAACGACGAGCAGAUGUGGUGGCACGAGGGUUCUCUGGCUACAACACCCGCGACUGCCGAGCGCUGCUGCCGCAUGUCGUGUCAGAUCUUAAAGAUGUCGUAGGAGCUACAGUUUUCCUUGGAGCUAAUGAUGCUAGUGAGAUGAUAAACAGGCAGCAGUAUGUACCACUACAGGAUUACGUGCAGAAUCUCAAAGAUAUCGUUGCACAUUUUCAGAAAUUUGGGGUUGAUCCCAUCGUGAUAACACCACCAGCACUCGAUGGUGAAGCUUGGCAGAGGAACUGUGCGGAAAGUGGCCGCUUGUACACGAAGAACGAGGAACUCACUGCCAAGUAUGCUCAGGCUUGCUCAAACACUGCCAAUGACUUGAAGGUCCCGUGCCUUGACCUUCACACAGCGAUGAUCAAUCAGGAGGAUUGGCAGGGUCUCCUAUGCGAUGGUCUCCACCUCUCGCGACGAGGCUCAGAACUGCUGGCAUCACUGUUGGUUCCGGCAUUGGAGAAGCAACUUGAAAAGCGUCUUCCGUCGCAACUACUGUUACCUUUGUGGGACGAGCUUGAUGCCGAAGACCCUUCAAAAUCAUUUACCGAAUGGUGCAACAAUAACAGAAUAACUUAAACAUUUCUAUACAAAGUCUAAGUCAAAGAUAUAUUUCCACAAGAUGCAAUGUUUGUACAGAAAAUGGGUGAUAUUCGGUUGUGCAUGUAAAAAGCCCACGGUUAUGCAGAGCAUUUCGGGCAAGGUAUCCCUUGCUUUAUAAUAUUAGAUAUGUCUAGCCUAAGUUGAUCUUUUAAACCAAAUAUAUCUUAAAUUUCAUGAAAAAAAAAUUAAAUUUCAUAAAUUCUUGAAAAAAAUGUGAAAUUUUUACAAAAUAUCUAGGUUUGUCGUUUCUUUUAAAAUAUUAAUAUCUUGAUACUGAUAAAAAAAUUCCCUGAAGUACAGUGGAUGUGUUUCUGGCCCAUGACAGUUCAGUCAUACUUUCAACACUUAAUAAGAAUUGUCAGUAUUUUUCAUGAAGAGAACCAAUUGCGCAUGAUAGAUGUAUAUCCCAUAUAUCGAAUUAUAAAGAUAAAAAAUGGGCCAUUGCACAAUAGCAAAGUUAUACAUAGCAAGUGAAGGAUACCUCCAUUUGAUCAGUUUUUAACAGUGACAACUUGAGUAAAUACAUAUACAGUAUAAACUCAGCAUAAGUCAUAAUAAAUGACUUUCAGCGGAUAAACAAGGGCCAGGGACUGGAACCGUGGCUGGACCUGCUAUGCACCAGGGCCACAGUUCAAGUGCCUGUCUGUUCCUCUGUUUAUUCACAGUAUAUUUAUCCUAAUGAUAACUUUACUGAAGGUUGAUAAGCUCAAGGCCAGUUCUUAUUAUAAAUAUACAGUAUUAUAUUCAUGGAAGUACAGAAGUACUAAACCCAUGUGGGGUAAUACAUGACUAAUUUUGAAUCAUGCUCUUGUCUUCCAGGUAAGUUGAAAGUUAGUUUGUAACUAAUUUUAAGUGUUGGGUUCUUGUCUUCCAGGGAGUUAGUCUUUCACAUUGAGAAUGUCUUAUUCUUCUGCCAUACUUGACUCUGGCAGCUAAGUUCUUUGGCUUCAGUAAUAGCAGUUCAUUAGGAAUUUAUUGCAUUUCCAGUUAGGUAAUUACAUUAUGUGGAUGUUGGGGUGUAGUGUAAGUCAUUGUGUACAAUACUUCACCAGAUUGUAAUAAAGUUGGUAGAAUUACCGACAAUAUGUAAAGUAAAAGGACACAAGUGCAACUAAUGUGACAUUUAUUGUGGCAACGUUUCUCAUUCCAGUUUAUAUUUGUCCAACCUAUUUUUAUGUUACCCAAGUAAUAGCUUUUAUAUCCUUUUACUCAUGUACGAAUUAAUUGCUUUACCAUAUUGUACUACUACUAACUACUACUACUAACUACUACUAACUACUACUACUAACUACUACUACUAACUACUACUACUAACUACUACUACUAACUACUACUACUAACUACUAACUACUAACUACUAACUACUACCUACUAACUACUACCUACUAACUACUACCUACUACCUACUACCUACUACCUACUACCUACUAACUACUACCUACUAACUACUACCUACUAACUACUACCUACUAACUACUACCUACUAACUACUACCUACUAACUACUACCUACUAACUACUACCUACUAACUACUACCUACUAACUACUACCUACUAACUACUACCUACUAACUACUACCUACUACUACUACCUACUACUACUACCUACUACUACUACUACUACUACUACUACUACUACUACUACUACUACUACUACUACUACUACUACUACUACUACUACUACUACUAAUACUACUACUACUACUACUACUACUACUACUACUACUACUACCACCACCACCACCUCUAGUGAACAUCGAAAUGGUACCUCACUAGUAUUCACCUCACUCUGAGCCUUUAUAUACCCUCUUUGUCCAUGUAUUGUUUGUAAUGGCUUGAUAAAGCUCCUGGAGAGCGAAACGUUGCCACAAUAAAUGUCACAUUAGUUGCACUUGUGUCCUUUUACUUUACACAAUACUUCACCAGUUGGGUAAUGCAGAUACAAAAGAAAUGUUGUAUGAUAUGAAUUGUUGAUGUUGCAGGUUAUUGUAUAUUAAUAAUGUGAUGUAUUUUAAGAAUGUUUUCUAUAUUGAUCAAUACAUAUUUGGAAUAUGCAAGCAGCUGAAUUUUAAGUUUUGCAAUUCAGGUGAAAUAAAAAUGUUAAAUUAUAUUUUGUCAUCAGUUAUAUUGUAGUACAUAACAAGUGGUGAAUUGGUAAUCUAUAACACUUACUGUAUUUUACGGAAAACAAAACUCUCCGGUGUCAAGGAUCCCCCCCACCCCUGCCCCAUCCUCCACAAUUCUGGCUGGCUAAAUUUUUGAAAAAAAAAAAAAGAUAAACAGUACUUCAGCCUCCAAGAUGCUGGGUAAGUUUAAGAGACUUUUUUCCAAAAUAAUAGCAUCUUCGACACCGUAAAAUAUGGUAUGUCAAAGUACCAUGUGUACUCAUUUUUCCAGCAGAUGAUAAAUUGUACACCGAACUUGCUUGCACGUUUCCUAAUUUGUAUUUAUUGUUUGUGAAAAAUCCUCAGUACUGGAAUGAAGUACAACUAUGAUAUUCUGGUUGCCAAUAUUAUUAUUAUUACAAUCAUAGCUAAGUGCUAAACCCACAAGGGUCAUCUGGUUAGCAAUAGAAUUACAAAAGGAUGCUCAUUCAAACACUUUUCUUGUCAUUCCAUUGCAUUUUUUGCAUAGUUAUUUUAAUGUUUGAAGUAAAUAAAUCUGUGUGAAUAUAUUAGACUAAAUUCAACUACCAUGUCAAAUGUACUGUACUGAAUUUAGUCAACAAUUUUGGCAUUUGCUCAGUGGUAGAGAUUUAUAGUUAAGUCUCCUACCAUCUGCUGCCCCUCCUUGUCUAGCAGUAAAAUAGACACCUAGGAGUUAGUUGCCAGUUGUGGGUCAUAUACUAGGAGGAUAUAGAGGCCUCAACUGAAUUAAGUCACAAUCCUUGGUUUUCACGAAUUACAUUGGGCUAUUAGUGGGUUUUUUGGGGGCUUUGAUUGAUGGUGUUGGUUUAACAAGUGAUGAUCCCAGCCACUGCAGAUUAUCAUGUUCCUGGUGUGGUAGUUCAGCUUUGUUCCAGGACAUGAGGUGUGAAUGUAAGUUGCAACUCAUUUAUUUAUGUUGGUAGAAUUGCCGACAAUAUGUUAGGUAAAAGGACACAAGUGCAACUAAUGUGACAUUUUAUUGUGGCAACGUUUCGCUCUCCAGGAGCUUUGUCAUGCCGUUACAAAUAAUGCAGGGAUACAGAGAGGUAUACAUAUAUAGGUACAGAUUAUGUUCUGCAUUUCACCUUGGACCUAUAUAUACCUCUCUGUGUCCCUGUAUUGUUUGUAACAGCUUGAUAAAGCUCCUGAAGAGUGAAUCAUUGCCACAAUAAAAUAUCACAUUAAUUGCACUUGUGUUCUUUUACCUAACAAGCUGCAACUUGCCUGUGAUAGAACAAAGCUAAACUAUGAUACUGUACCAAGAGCAGAACAAACUGAGAAGAUGCCUCGACUCAUCGGUUAUUCAACCAUCAAAUAAAACAAUGCAAUGUUCACUCUGUCAGCUCCCAUAGUACAUGUUGAUAAGUAAGACAUUCUGUGCAACAGUUAGAUAUCUUUAUUCUGAAACAUUUUGCCUACACAGUAGUCUUCUUCAAUAGAAUACAGAAGCAGUAGAGCUGCAAAGAUGAUAUAUGAGUCCCUCACCUUCGUAGACAGUUUUGAGAUGGUCAGUCCCUCAGCCUAGAGAGAGACUCACCGCCUCAAACCUACAUCUUCGAGGGUGAUGGGCUGAUUACAUCAUCUUUACAUCUCUACUGCUUCUGCUGCUUCUGUAUUUGACUGAAGAAGACUACUGUGUAAGCAAUAUAUUUCAGAAUAAAGAAUCAUAACUGUUGCACAUUUGUCUUAUCAACUUGUUGGUAUUGUAUCCCAUUAUCAUAUUGCCAUAGUACAUAUUUUAUGAGAUAGUGAACUAAACAUGAGCCAGUAGGCCUCCUGCAGUGCACUUUCUACACUAGCGUUACUUCCACCCAAGCACAUGACACAUGAAUAAGUGAUGUGACUCCCUUUGCACUAAUUUAACCCAUUGUUGAAUGAAACAUUGUACAAAUAAAGGUCUUUACUGCA